GUUCCAAAAAUCAUUUCUCACUUACACUAUGUCAUAAAUGAUAAUGGUAGUGUAUGUAUCGAUAAGUUAAGAAUGGAUAGAAAUGCCUUUCACACUUUAGUUCUCUUAACUAAGGAUGUUGGAGGUCUGACUGAUAGUAAAAGUAUGUCAAGCAGCGAAAAAUUAGCAAUGUUUUUAAAUAUCUUGGCUCAUCAUGAGAAAAAUAGAUCCAUCAAGGUUGAUUAUAUUAGAUCGGGAUGGAGCGUAAGUCAGGCUUUCAAUGAAUGCUUGAGUGCUAUUCUCAAACUAGCUCCAUUGCUACUUGUUAAUCCUAAACCGGUACUUGAGGAUGAGAUUGAAGAUCGAUGGAAAUGGUUUGAGGGUUGUUUAGGUGCACUAGAUGGUACUUACAUUCCCAUUAGAGUUCCAAUCCAACACAAACCAAGAUAUAGAACAAGAAAAGGAGAGAUAGCAACUAAUGUUUUGGGAGUUUGUGAUAGAAAUCUCAAUUUUACUUAUGUAUUACCUGGAUGGGAAGGUUCAGCUGCCGAUGGUCGUGUAUUACGAGAUGCUAUAGUACGAAGGAAUGGUUUGAAAAUUCAUGAGGGUAACUAUUAUUUGUGUGAUGGAGGAUAUACGAAUGGAAAAGGAUUUCUUUCACCUUAUCGAGGUUAUAGAUAUUGGUUAAAGGAUUGGCGCGGCGAUAAUCCAUCGCCUCGAUGUAAAGAAGAGCUUUUCAACAUGAGGCAUGCUAGAGCUCGUAAUGUAAUUGAAAGGGCAUUUGGUUUGUUGAAAGGACGUUGGGGAAUUCUUAGAAGUUCUUCAUGGUACUCGGUUAAGAUUCAUAACAGGAUCAUUAGUGCUUGUUGCUUGAUUCAUAAUUUCAUUCGUAGAGAGAUGGAAGUGGAUCCCUUAGACAUUGAUAUAGAAGAACAAAUGGAGUAUCAACAUGAGAAUAUUGAUGUUAUUGAAUCGUCGGAGGAGUGGACCACUUGGAGGGAUGAGUUGGCUCAAUCAAUAGGUGAUAAUGGAACCUUUAGACCAGGGCACUUGAUGGAGUUAGAGCGUUAUAUACACAAAUAUCAUCCUAGAAGUGGAUUGAAAGGUGAACCACACAUCAGAAAUAAAAUGAGAUAUUGGAAAAGAUGCUAUGGAAGUAUAGCUUUGUUGAAGACUCGAAGUGGUUUGGGAUUUCAAUAUAGUGAUGGAACUAUAAUAGUUGACGAUCCAAAACAUUGGAUUGACUUUAUAAAGAUUGAUCCACUAGCCAAGAAAAUGAAUACUAAGAAAUGGCCACUGUUUAAGGAUUGGGAAGAAAUCUUUGGUAAGGAUAGAGCAACAGGAGAGUUUGCUGAAGGGCCGCUAGAUGCUACUGAAGAAAUUCAAAAGAGUCAAGCUCCACAACAUUCUAAUGACAUGAGUUUGGGAUUUCUUAUUGAUGUUGAUCUUGAUGAUGAUGAUGAAGAAGAAGAAAAUGCUUACCAUAACUCUAAAAUUGGUACUGAAGAAGCUGAAAAUGCCACUGGACAAGAUGAAUUUGCUACAGCUGAAGAUUUCACCGAACCUAGUUCAUUUACUGGAGCUGAAAAUGUCACUGGACCUAGCGUAUUUAAUGAAGGAGAAAAUGUUGCUGGUUCUGAAAAUGAACAUGCUGGAUCCCGAAAAGGUCAUAAACAAGGUGAGUAUUCUAAAAGAUCAUCUUCUAAUGUUAACGAGAAAGAGAAAAGCAAGAAAAGGAAAAAAAUAGUAGAGGAUGAUAGUGAGACAUUUCUUAAGGGUAUGAUGGAAGUUAUGAAAAACUUUACUGAAAGUCAAGACAAAAGAAUUGGUUCCUUGAUUGAAAAGAUGGGGGAUCGUGAUCGAUCUGAUGUUCGUGGUCAAGUUUAUUCUAUCCUUGAAUCUCCUGCAUUUGAGUUGUACACCACUGAGCAACGUAUAAAAGCUGCAAUGAUUCUCUGUAAAGACGAUAAAAAGAUGGAAUUAUUUUUACGUAUGGGUGAACAUGAUCGUCAGACAAUGAUGUGGAUGGCUGUCCAUGAUAAACUUUGA